GUUGGACCAAGCAGUCCUUCAUUCCUUUUAUGCAAAGCAUCAGAAGGGAGUCCCAAAUUCACUGGAAGCUACCACAAAGAUCAUAGAAAUCGUUGGAGUGCCAGCUGCUGCAGGAGGGCAGACGGUCCAUAUCCCCGUUCGGAGGCUGAAGCCAUACAACUGUCCUAUUCCUGACAGGAGCAGGAAGGCCAAGGCAGGACAUGGCACUGCCAAACCAGACCCAGGUGCACGAGUUCAUCCUGGCUGGCCUCACUGCCAGCCAUGCCAUGGAGCUGGCUCUUUUCACCUUCUUCUUCAUCAUCUAUGCACUGAUCCUGCUGGGAAACAGCCUCAUCAUCUUCACCAUUGCCUGCAACCAGCGGCUCCACGUGCCCAUGUACUUCUUCCUCAGCAACCUCUCCUUUAUCGAUGUCUGCCACUCCUCCGUGGUCAUGCCCAAGAUGCUGGCUGACUUCCUGGCAAAGCAGAAGGCCAUCUCCUUUGGGGAGUGUAUCGCCCAGAUGUUCUUCCUCCACCUCUUUGCCUGCACUGAGAUCUUCCUUCUUACCAUCAUGGCCUAUGACCGCUACGCUGCCAUCUGCCACCCCCUUCACUAUAGCACCCUCAUGAGUCGCCGCGUCUGCCUGCAGCUGGCCACUGCCAUGUGGCUGGGUGGUCUGGUCCACUCUGUGGCCCUGACUGCCCUGACCCUCAAUCUGCCCUACUGCGGCCCCAAUGCCAUCGACAACUUCUUCUGUGAUGUGCCCCUGGUCAUCAAACUGGCCUGUGCUGACACCUACGUCUUCGAAGUGCUCAUCGUCUCCAACUCAGGGCUGAUCUCCGUGGUCUGUUUUGUGGUGCUGGUGGUCUCCUAUGUGGUCAUCCUAGUCUCACUGAGGAACCACCUCUCCGUGGGGCGGCACAAGGCACUGUCCACUUGUGCAGCCCACCUGACAGUCGUCAUACUCUUCCUGGGCCACUGUAUCUUCAUCUACCUCCGCCCUGCAAAGAGCCUGGCAGCUGACAAGGUGGUGUCCAUAUUCUUCACAGCUGUCACCCCUCUGCUCAACCCGAUCAUCUAUACCCUGCGCAAUGAGGACAUGCAGAAUGCCCUCAGCAAGCUGCGGGGCUGGCAGGUCAAUGCCAUGGACAAAUGAGACUGGGCCAGGGUGGGAUGUCAAUGUCCUGUCUGACCUGUCUUCCCUGCUCCCCUGUGCCCCUGCCUCUGGACAGCUCAUUGUCUUCGGGUCUUGUCUUCACACAAUGUUUGCUCAAGGUAUAGUUUGGGUUGAUCCCUGCCUUCACUCCCAAAAGAGCUCCUGUCACAUGGAGCUUCCCACUGGACCCGCCCAGCCCAGCCCAGUUGAGAUGUUGGGCUAUGGUUUGAAUGCCGCAGG